AUGUCCCACCUCUGCCUCGACCUCCUCUACAAGGACAGGCCACCGCCGCGCCAAGUUCCCUGCUCUGCCACCCUGCACCUCCCCUUGCCGGACCUGCUCCAUCUUCGCCUCCUCGUCAAUCGCCGGUUGCACCAGGCGCCAAGUCCCUGUUUGUCCUCUACUCACAGCUCCAUCCAGGGCCGCCUCUCUUUGUUGACCACCAAGACCCGAGGCCCUUUUGUGUUGCUUCAUGUUGGAUGCGCCAAGAUCCUCUUCGACAAGUGCACGACUACAUGGUGA